AUGCCGGCAAAGUGGCCCAAACUGAAGAAGCCGGCCGGCUUCUUCACCAGCAGCGACAAGACGACGACGACGACUACCGGGGAUGACACCCGUCUCCAAGUCGGCCCGCCGCGGCUCCCGCUCCUCUCGAUCUUCCCGCGGGUCCCGCUCAAGCCGUUCGACGCGCCGCUCGUCUUCGCGAUCGACUUCGGCCCGUCGCUCGAGGUCUUCGAAGUCGCGUCGCUCGUCCAAGUCGAGGUCGCGGGCCCGCCGUCCGCGCAAGAUGCCCGUGGUGAAGCACGAGCGGACGCCCGUUUGCUCGAUGGUCGUCUUCAGCGUCGCGUGCUGCAUCCUGGCCUUGCUGAGGAACACGAUGGGCUGAAGUGGCAGCGGACAAACUUCGAACCAACCCCGCCACUCUCCACCUACAUCAUUGCCCUCAUCGUCCACGACUUCGGAUCCCGCUUCGAGCUCACCAAGCGGGGCGUCAAGAUUGGCGUCUACGCGCGCAAGGAGUUGAUGCCGUACACAGAGACGGCCCUCGAAGCCGGGCUGAUGACCGUCCCGGCGCUGGAGAAGCUCACCGGCGUCAACUACCCGCUGAGCAAGCUGGACAUCUUUGCCAUCCCCGACUUUGCCGCCGGUGCCAUGGAAAACUGGGGCAUCAUGACGUUCAGGGAGUCGUGGUUCGGCGACUUGGUGACCCCCGAGUGGUGGGGUGAUCUGUGGCUGAACGAGGGUUUCGCCACGUUCACCGAGCUCUACAUGGGGCGCAGGCUAUGGGAGCGCGAUCGGCUGCGCAGCCUUGGCCGCCAGCUCCGCGACGCCGAAGAGCCCCAGUGGCGCCGCUUUGAGCGUGAGGUGAUGGGCGCGUGCCCGGGGGAGAAGCAGCAGACCAGCAAGUGCAGCAAGUACGGAUGGGGAGACCGCUCGAAUGGGUAUUCGGAGGCGAUCCAGAGCGCCCGCGGGCAAGAGGCCGAACGGAUUGCCGCCUUCAUGUGGAAGAAGCUGGAGAUUGAGACCGACCUCGACGAGCAGUUCUACCUAAACCGUGCCCUCCUCGUAGCCCCCAACUGGGAGUGGGCCGAGCGCAUGCUCGACCACUUGAUCAACAACACGGGUCUGGCCCGACUGCAGAGUACCUCCCGGAUGGCUCAGACGGUCGGGUGGCGCCCCGAGGCGUUCGAAUGGCUCUACAACAACAUUGGAUCCAUCCACGAGAGGCUCAGCUACGAACCCGACGAGCGCAAAUCCUUGGUGGAGAACAUGUUGGGUCAGCUUCGCGGCCGUGACGCUCUGACCAAGCUGAUCAUGAUGCGCCAGCACCCCGACCUGCCCGAAGACCUGCGCCCGCUGCCUUUCUGGGAGGACCUCGCCGAGCGACAGCGCCUCAAGAUCGAGUGGUGCCAGAAAUAUGCGUUCGACCUCCUCGAGAUGUUCGCCAAGCUACCCCAGUCGAACCGGCAG